AAUUUCAAUUAACUACCAUAUAGUUUCACUGGAGUUAAUUAGACCUAAUUUAUAACCGAAAAUGGGUAAUUCCAGUUCCAUUUGCGCCGAUCGAAGUGCGAUAAGAAAUUUCGAUGAAAAUGGCACGCCGGUAUAUCCCAGCGCCAACAACUCCCAGAGUCCUUCCCAAGGCCAAAUAACACCACUGCACACCCACAUCCACGAGAAAGAGCGCUACAAGACCACAAUUCCCGUUGGAAGCUCUGAGAGCACAAGUAGCUGCUCUCACUGCCGAACAGCUGAUGCGAGCUCCCCUUCCACGAACAACAACAUUAGCAACAAAAACAAUGCACACACACCACCACUCACGGAGAGCCAAAGCUGUGGUUGUAGUAGUCGUGCGUGUAAAAAUCAUACGACUACAACGACGACGACACUCGAAUACGAACUUUCCAAUUUCGCAAAACUAACGACACGAAUCACAACGCAAAGUACCGCCGAAGUCGCAACAUCGACAGCUACGGAUAGGGAUACGGAUCAGGGUGAUAUAGCCAUUGCCAGCGAUUUGCCAAAGGGUCUGCCGUUAUCCUCGCGCCAUCACUGGAAUCAGCUGCAGAGCAGUUUGCACGCCCUCCACUACCAGCAACAGCAACAACAACGUUCAUAUAGUAGUAAUACCAAUCAAAAUUUGGAAGUCAACAUGAGUAAGUCAGUGACAAAUCUGGAUAAAUACUCCCAUCGCGAUCGCCUGGGAUUGUGGGGCAUCGGGGACAAUGAAGUCGUCGGCAGCGUCUCCGGAUUGGGACGACUAAACGACAAGCGCUACUCAAAGGGCCUGGCCUUCUCACACGAAGAGCGUCAACAGUUGGGCAUCCAUGGCAUGCUGCCCUAUGUGGUUCGGGAGGCGCCGGAGCAGGUUCAGCACUGCCGCACACUCCUGGAUCGGCUGGAUCAGGAUCUGGACAAGUACAUGUACCUGAUCAACCUGUCCGAGAGGAACGAGCGGCUGUUCUACAAUGUGCUCAGCUCCGACAUUGGCUACAUGAUGCCCCUGGUGUACACGCCCACCGUGGGAUUGGCCUGCCAGAAGUACAGCCUGAUCUUCCAGAGCGCCAAGGGCAUGUUCAUCUCCAUCAAGGACAAGGGCCACAUCUACGAUAUCCUGAAGAACUGGCCGGAGACUGAUGUCCGAGCGAUUGUGGUGACGGAUGGUGAGCGCAUCCUGGGAUUGGGAGAUCUGGGCGCCAAUGGCAUGGGCAUUCCCGUGGGAAAACUUUCCCUCUAUACCGCCUUGGCGGGCAUCAAGCCAUCGCAGUGCCUGCCCAUCACCUUGGACGUGGGCACCAACACCGACUCCCUGCUGCAGGAUCCCCUGUACAUUGGUCUGCGCGAGAACAGGGCCACUGGAGCUCUGUACGAUGACUUCAUCGAUGAGUUCAUGCACGCCUGCGUCCGCCGCUUUGGCCAGAAUUGCCUGAUCCAGUUCGAGGACUUUGCCAACGCCAAUGCCUUCAGGCUGCUGUCCAAGUACCGCGAUUCCUUCUGCACCUUUAACGAUGAUAUCCAGGGAACCGCUUCGGUGGCCGUAGCUGGACUGCUGGCCUCCCUGAAGAUCAAGAAGACCCAGCUGCGGGACAAUGUCCUGUUGUUCUUGGGCGCCGGCGAGGCGGCUCUUGGUAUUGCCAACCUGUGCCUGAUGGCCAUGAAGGCGGAGGGUCUCUCCGAGGAGGAGGCCAAGUCACGCAUCUGGAUGGUGGACAGCCGUGGAGUCAUCGUUCGCGAUCGCCCAAAGGGUGGACUCACCGAACACAAGUUGCACUUCGCCCAGCUGCACGAACCCAUCGAUACUUUGUCGGAGGCGGUGCGCAAGGUGCGCCCCAAUGUCCUGAUUGGAGCUGCUGCCCAGGGCGGAGCCUUCAACCAGGAGAUCCUCGAGCUGAUGGCCGACAUCAAUGAGACACCGAUCAUCUUUGCGCUGUCCAAUCCGACCAGCAAGGCGGAGUGCACCGCCGAGGAGGCGUACACCCACACCAAGGGUCGCUGCAUCUUCGCCAGUGGAUCACCCUUUGCCCCGGUGACGUACAACAACAAGAAGUACUAUCCGGGUCAGGGAAACAACUCGUACAUUUUCCCUGGUGUCGCACUGGGUGUUCUGUGCGCCGGCAUGCUGACCAUUCCCGAGGAGGUCUUCUUGGUCGCUGCAGAGCGUUUGGCGGAGCUGGUGUCCAAGGAUGACCUGGCCAGGGGCAGUUUGUAUCCACCACUAGACACCAUUGUCAGCUGCUCGGUGGCUAUCGCCGAAAAGAUCGUGGAGUAUGCGUAUAAGAAUGGAUUGGCCACCGUCCGUCCGGAGCCGUCUAACAAGCUGGCCUUCAUCAAGGCCCAGAUGUACGAUCUGGACUACCCGCGCUCAGUGCCCGCCACCUACAAGAUGUAGAUCCAUUCCGCCUACCCCCGAAAAACCAAAGGAGGAGUGGCCAUCGCAGAUAUUCGGCAAGGGCGGCGAGCAGUAACCAUGUUAUUUAUUUUAUAAUGUCGCACAUCUGUCGUCUAAGCAUAUAGCAAAAUUUGUAUCGCGCCUAACCAACCACCCACUAUCCACCACCCACUAGCCCCUGUUCGCAGCCCGAUAGAUUAUUACAAAAAAUGAAAAAAAAAUGGAAUGUCAUUAGCCCGCGGCGAACAAUUUUGUAUGAUGUAUAAUCUAUGUAAAUGGGAUAUUGAUCUAAUAGAUAUGUAAACAAAUUGUAUGUAAUCUUGAACACCACAAACUACUUUAAGGAUCUACAAAUAAAAAUAUAAUAAAAAUACCUCAAAA